AGAAUCAGCUACUGCAGACAAACGUAUUUUGUCAGAAAUAUGGAGGAAUAGAAGACUAAUGGUAUCACAAAAUGGGACACGUGAAGAAAAGAACUGUACAGACCCAGCAAUUACUGAAUUUCCUACAGAUUUGUUUACAAACAAGGAACGACAACACGGAGCAGUACUGCUUCAUAUUUUUAGUGCACUUUAUAUGUUCUAUGCUUUGGCUAUAGUAUGUGAUGACUUCUUUGUUCCAUCAUUAGAAAAAAUUUGUGAGAAACUACAUUUGAGUGAAGAUGUUGCUGGAGCCACUUUCAUGGCUGCAGGAAGCUCAACCCCAGAAUUGUUUGCCUCUGUUAUAGGUGUAUUUAUCACUCAUGGUGAUGUAGGAGUUGGGACAAUUGUCGGUUCCGCAGUUUUCAACAUCCUCUGCAUAAUUGGUGUCUGUGGGAUAUUUGCAGGACAGGUGGUUCGUCUCACCUGGUGGGCUGUGUUCAGGGAUUCUGUCUACUACACGCUAUCUGUGAUCAUACUUAUUGCUUUCAUAUAUGAUGAGAAAAUAGUAUGGUGGGAAAGCCUUGUACUCAUCAUUAUGUAUUCAUUCUAUAUACUUAUCAUGAAGUACAAUGUGAAAUUGCAAAGCUUUUUUACCUUCAAAAGAAAGAAUGUUGGAAAUGGCAACACCGUCAACAAUGAGCUGGAAGAUGGUAAUGCAUAUUAUGGCAUUAGCUGUGAUGACCCAUCCAUACCAUUGCUAUUGAAAGUGAAGGGAGUACAGCAGUACGGCAAAAACACUGUAGUGAUGGUGGAUGAGAUCAUCUGUUCCAGCCCACCAAAAUUCCGUUUCCCUGAAGCCGGCUUACGAAUAAUGAUAACAAAUAAAUUUGGACCAAGAACCAGAAUGCGAAUGGCAAGCAGACUCAUUAUUAACGAGCGUCAGCGACUGAUUCAGUCUGCCAAUGGCACAAGCAAACCGCUUCAGAACGGGAAGCACGAGAACAUUGAAAAUGGGAACAUCCAUGUGGAAAACCAGGAAGAGAAUGAGCAUGAUAACCUGUCUCCCUUUUCAAUACCAGAUGGAAAAGUGAACAAGAUCAAGUGGAUUUUGACAUGGCCAUUGAUAUUUCUGCUUUUUUGUACCAUUCCAAACUGCAGCAAGCCACGCUGGGAGAAAUUUUUCAUGCUGACGUUCAUUUUAUCCACUCUGUGGAUUGCAUUGUUUUCUUAUUUUAUGGUGUGGAUGGUUACUGUGAUUGGAUACACUCUGGGGAUUCCUGAUGUUAUCAUGGGCAUUACUUUCCUAGCAGCAGGAACAAGUGUACCAGACUGCAUGGCCAGCUUAAUAGUAGCAAGACAAGGCCUUGGUGAUAUGGCAGUAUCCAACACAAUAGGGAGCAAUGUAUUUGACAUUUUAGUAGGCCUUGGCGUCCCAUGGGGCUUGCAAACUAUGGUGGUUGAUUAUGGAUCGUCUGUUAGGAUAAAUAGCAAGGGGCUGGUCUAUUCAGUUGUGCUUCUGCUGGGAUCUGUAGCUCUUACUGUGGCUGGAAUCCAUAUAAAUCAAUGGAAACUUGACAAGAAACUAGGCAUCUAUGUGUUGCUUCUUUAUGCCGUUUUCCUGUGUUUCUCUAUAUUAAUAGAGUUCAAUGUCUUCACCUUUGUCAACUUCCCAAUGUGCCGAGAAAAUCUUUAAAUAAGCCACACAAAAGGAGAGAGACUCAGAUGUUCUUAACUCCUUGUCCAGUAAGUGACAGGACAUUUACAUUUCUACUUUUUCUCUUCAUUGAUAAUUUAAGUGUCUUUUCUGUUGCAUCAGUUAACAAGAACUUUUAGCUUUGGAAGGAAAACAAACAAACCUUUCUUGGAACAUGCCAGCUCAAGGCAACCAAAACAUUUGCCUCCUUUGGAUAUUGCUGCUCAGAGGUCCCAUUUCUCAAAGGUCCCACUUCAGCAGCAUUCUUUUGUGGUUUCCCUUCUCCUGUAUGCAGACAAUCAAGCAAGAACAUUAAUAAACUCUCAUCUUUCUUUUUCUUUUUUUUUUUUUGGCAUUUAUUCUCCAUGGAAGAAAAGAAGGCAAGCUAAGAACUGUUCUUGGCUCAGUUAAAGGAUCUCAGCUACAAUACCAGAAGGACCAGUGCACAUAUUAUGGCAUAUGACGUUGAGGACAUUUUUCCCCAUUCAAGUGCUCUGUUUAUAGAGGAACUGCAUUGACAUACAUAAGCCUUUGAUGGUGAUGCUUAACCAUUGUUUUCUUAAGAAUGCAUGAACAAUUUGACAGAGAAAGAAGAGAAGAUGGUUAAUACUGUAUCACUUUUGAUGAUGAGUGGUAAGAGGAAGAGAAUUUGAAUAUUCAAAAAGAGAAUAAACCCACAGCGGUUCAUACUUGAAAAAUGUUUUACCAUCAGCAAGGACCACUGUACAGUUAUACACUAAUAUUUGUGGAACAUUAAGCCUGUAAAUAACAUUUUGCAUUUACAUCCAUAAGCACACUUUUGUAAUUUUAGAAGACACUAAAAGGCAGGAGUCCAACUGAGUGCUCUAUAUCCAGCAAUCGUUGUUGUUAUCAUCAGAAAACUAUAACCCAAAUACAUUCCAGAACUGCUUGCAAUUUGCACUGUGGAUUUAGGGGGAGGGUUGCUUCAUCAUUAGGCUAUUGAUCUAGAAGCUGCUGCAUUCUUCUCCAUUUGUUGCUACACCCCACAAACUCUGUAAAGAUGGGUGCCUGAUACUACACAGUGCUGAUAUUAAACAACGAUGACAAGAGCAAGUCUAUCACGGGAACCAGCUCCUCGAUCUGUUUGCAUGCAGAAAGUUUUAAAGCUUGACUUAAUCUAGAGCUGAACUGUUUAACUCCCUCUUCUCCCAGCCAGAUUUGGAUAUCUUUUGCAGUAGCAUAAAACUAGUUUAAAAUAUUUUUUCUGUGUGUAAUCGACAGUAGAAUCUGGCUCAAAGAAUACAAACAAAAAUGUAACAUCAUAUGCUGUAGUGGUGGUACAAAAAAGAGUCACCAAAAAAAUUAAGAUGUUUUAAAACUGCUACUUUAAAAAUAUUUUAAAGUUGUAUAUGAACAAAAACAUUUAAAGGUUUCUAAAGAAGCACAGCUAACUUUAUACAUAGAUUUUUUUAUUUUUUUAAUGUUUCUAGGAAAAAGUCUCAGUUAAUUAAAGAUUUGAUGCAUUUUUAAACACAUGAAUAUUUUGCACUUAAGCCUAUUACGAAGAUGCCCCUUACUAUGUCAACAAAAGGAUACUUUAAAACCUUAGGAAAUACAUACUGAUUAGAGAUAUUUAUGUAUAUUAAUUUUUUUUAAUCCAUCUAUGACAUAAUUCUUUCAAAGUUGCAUGUAGAACCUUAAUCACAUCAGGCAGUGUGUUUAUAAGCAAGGUUUUGUUUUGUUUUGUUUUGGGUGUUUGUUUUUUAUUUGGAUACUAAUUAAGGAAUAUGUUUUUACUGUUGAGUUUUUCAUAACAACAGGAAGAUCCUUUCAAUGUAGUUGUACAGGAGAGAGGAAAUAUACCUGUUAUUUGUCUUACUGUUCUUUGGUACAAAUGUCAGUAUUAGCAACUAAGCUAAGUUUUUGAGUGUUCCACCUUACUGGUUCAACUAACCUGUCCUAAAGGUGGUAACAAAUAUCACUAUAUUAGGCGGCACUAUUAGAUAGGAAGGCGUAACCAGUAGAUGUUUAUCAUUAGCCCUCAGGCAAACAGAUGUCUCUGUUUCAUGGCAUUCAAAAUAUCUUCACUAUGGUUUAACAUGGAAAGAGGUUGAAGCCAUGCAUGUCCUCAUUGUUUUCAUACUGUAGAGGCUGUUAGCCAGGGAGGGACUGUGCCAUGAAGAUACAAGUAAAGUACAGAACACUGCUGCAUGACCCUAGAAGCAUUCCAGGGACAGCAGGGCAGCAGAAGCCCCAGCUCCUACCCUCUUUAUAUCCUUUAUUCCACAGGGUAAUUUGUUGGUAAUGUGUACUGGUUGUUACACAGCGGGUAAUUUGUUGGUAAUAACUCCUGCCAUGUUGGCUUAGAUGUGCUGGCUGGAAUGAAGGUAAGGAUAGAUUGAUGACUCCACCUGUUGCACACCUACCCGGUCCUAUUGGUUGUACAGUUGCAGGCCUACUUCCUUGAUUCUACUCGGAUCAAACGCCCCAGUAGUCAGGGUCUUUUAUACUACAGGAAUGUAGUCUGAGCCACAGGUUGAUCUUGAAUAUCAUGACUACCUAGGGAUCACCUGAGGCAACAGUGAUUUUUAUCAUUAAAAUGUACAGAGUCAGGUUCAGCAAAGUAUAUUGAAUAUUCAUAUUUCUGAGCCAAGCAAGGCUCAAAAGUUCACAGGUUCCCUGACCAUUGAUUCUCAGUACAAAUAUGCAUGGGAUUUGUUAAUUUUAUGUAUCCUCAUGAGUCCCAUUAGAAUUACCUGCCUAAAAGGGUGCUACUUUCAUGCUUCAGUUAUCCCCUGCUUCUGAUGUAUCUUGUCCUACCCAGAGAUUGUCCCAAACUGAAACACUGGACUGAAAUGUCUUGACUUGCUCCCACCUCCACAAUGGACCUCACCAGCAUUGAGAUCCUCGUCAGACUUUGAGAAAGUUUGGACUCAGAAUUGUUUCUGACUGACCUCUGCAGAUCAGCAUAAUGCCUAGACCUCAGAACCUAUUACAAAGAAACUAUUAUACUUAUCAGUAAAUAAAUAGCGAUAAAAAGUUUCUUCUAACGGGACUGUUUGAGCAGGGAUACAUCAUUUGCCAAAGAACUAUUAUGCACUGUAUUAGAGCCUUGAUGACCAAUACUCAUGCAAAUUAAUUUACAAUAUAGAUUUCCACUUUUAUCCAUAUGCAAAACUAAAGGAAGACAUCCACAGAACCCGAAUCAUGCAGAUAAUUUGAGUAGCCUGGGAAAGGUUUUACUGCUGGUUACAUUGCUAUAAGUGUGAGGAAUCAUUUUUUUCAGUAAUUGAAUAUCUUCAAGAUUAUAUAAAUUAUAGCAACAAAAUUAUACUUGUGCCUCUGUACAUUAAAAGAAAUGCACCAUCCUGUAAAAACCAAAAAAAAAGCAGGCAUUCACAUCCACCACCCUGGAAUCAGUAACAUCCUAUGCUGCAACUGCUCCCAUUGCUUAUGGAAAAGUCUGCACCCAUUUGUUCUAUCAACCCUGGCACAAAGUUAGCCAGCUCAGCCUGAAGGUUGUUGUGCUGUUGCAUAAUAUAAUUAAUGUUCAGCUCGAGGGUGAAAAGAAAGUUGGUGGAUUUGAAAGGGAAAACUAUUUAUGUGAUACAAAAUUUCCCAGCAAACUGAGUUACUCAGAAAAAAAAUAUUUUGCAUCUGGCAAAGCUUAAUUUCGACAAGAUUGAUCUCAUGCUUAAAGUUAAGCAUAUAGCUAAGUGUCUUGCUGUACUCCCUAAUAAAAGAGAAACUCACAGACUCUGGGUUUUGUGUCACUUCCCUAUCCUCUUCAUCUCAUAUUUCAGAGUCUGAAAAUUUGCCCCUCCCUGAAACAAAAAUCUUUGGCUACAAUCUAUGGUUUGUUACACAGAUUAAGUCACUUUGGAUUUCCAGUGCUGUAAAUGAGAGAAUUUGGCCCCUGCUCUUAAAGACUCCUUCAAAAUUGUGAAAUCCUUCCCAGAGUGGCUCAGUGGGAGCUUUGCCAUUGACCUCCAUGGGACCAGAACUUCACUUCUACGGUGCUCACAUUGAGUUGUAAAGUUCCUUAACCAGGACCUGUUCCACUUACUUCAAUGAGUAUUGGCUGAAUAAGGACUUCAGAGUCAGACCCUUCAUUUGUAAAUCUAAAUUUUAGAAGCUAGUGUUGUGUGGGCUUUGGUAACUGAUGAUAUAAGCGUUGCUUUCUGGGUUGCAGUUCAGCCUAAAAAACACUGGAGUCUGCUGUAAAUGCACAGCAGAGUGGUAAUUUUCCUCCUGGCUCAGUCAUCAUUGGUGUGCCAACUUUAUUUUAUUUUUGUAUAUGUUUUCUGCAGUUGUUAAAAAUGCAUAGUUAGCUUCUGGGCUUGGGUUAUAUUUAUUAACAUCUUGUCAACAUUUAAAGGGUGGAGGAACCCAUCAUUUUUACUAGUGUCCUUUUAAUGCUGUUUUUAUAGAGAACUUUUCAUUCAUCUCAUUGAAUACCCUUGUAAAUGUGCUUAAAACCAUGCACUUGUUUCUGUGUCUGGUUUGAAUGUUUUCUUCUAGCUGGCCAUCUGAGUUUUGGCAUCAUCCAUUGCACGGCUCAUUCCAGGAUUUGUUGAAAUUGUAUGUCAGUUAUUUGUAACCUGGUUAAAUGUUUUCAAUGGCAAAUUUUGAGUUUAUAUAAAUACUGCCUGAUUAUUCAUGCCAGGGAAGAAAUCUGACCUAGCGUUGUUUAAAGCAAACAGUGAAUAACGCUAAUAUACCCAGGUGAAACCAAAGAAUUUUUCUAUUAAAAAGGCACAUUGAUAAAAUUUGGCAAUAGCAGGCUUCAUCUCCUUGAUUUACCUAUGAUCAAAUAUUAAAAAGAAAAACAAAUUCUAUAUGCAUUAUGCAUUGCCCUUUUUAUUUCCCUGAGUUUGAGCUCUAGACUUUUUAAAACUUGUUAGGUGGUAGGAUUUAUGAAAUAGCUACGCAGAUGUUUAGUGAGGAAUUUAUUCCCAACAUCCUGCGACAAAAGCCAUUUGCAGCUUUUUUAUUCACAUUGAUGUGUUCAGAUGGGUAACUAUUGUUUUCCAACGUUUAACCCACCAUCCCCAACACUGUUGUCUAGAACAAAAUAUGCACAGGUUUAAAACCUUGUGGGCCUCUUGAACCUGUAUUUAUAUAUUUCUGCUGGCUUUUACUGUAGUGGCUUCAUCAUGAUGCCAAGGGCAGAACUUGGCACCAGUAUGUGGGGUCCUGAAGUCUUUUCCUGGGGAAAGCAACAAGGUCCUACACAUCUGUGCAUUUAAAUUUAAAGUAUGUGUAGCUCUUGCAACAUUUGCUGAAAUGGUUAAUAAGUGGCAAUUCAUGUAUUGCACAUUUUCUUGCUACUGUACUUCUGAUAUAUAAAGCAUUGUCUAACAGAAACUACUGGUAAUUGAGAGCUAGCAUCAUUUUCAUUGUACCUUAAAGGCAAUUGCUGGUAUGAAAUUAAUUCUGUUUCUUUUUAUUUCUGCAAAAAGAAUGUAUGUCAUCUUAGGCCUGCUGAUCUUUGAGUUGAUCUUGGUAAACUUGAAAGGCAAAUGUGAAGAUUGAUGUACUGCAACAGGGAGUUGUAGCAAAAUCAAAAGGUAUCAGAAUAUAUCAAAAUCAGACAGGUAGUCUUCAAAUGACUAAUACCCACUGAGCCCCUUUUCAGAGGGUUAUUGCAGCAAGAUAAUGGCCUUCAUCCAUAUACCAUUUGCGUAUACAAAGAACUAAAUCUGCUACUACAGCAGCAGUUACGUUCAAAAUGCCUGAAAUUCUGCAACAAAGCUGUAACCAAAUUCUUGCCCUCACUUCCACUGGAUUCUCAUCCAUGUCACUUCAUUAUUGAUGUCCUUGGAGUUAGUCCAGGUUUGCACCAGUGGAACCAAGAACAGAAUUUGGCUCCCAGUAUCAACUUGGUUGCAGGAAAACAUUCAGCGACAUUUGUGAACACUGAAAUAACUUCUGAUCCUUUUACACUUCCCUUUGUUUCACACUUGCAGGCAUUUGCAAUGCACCCUGCAGAGGUGCAGUACCUCUUUAAAUACUAGUACACAUUUCUAUAGCUGCUUAAUUUGAAAACUGAAAGUGAUGACUUUGUAAACUGUAAAUAGCACAAAUCUAUUUAUCAUGUUAUUUAUUUUUUCAAUGACUGUGACCUUAUGCACUGUGAAUGCUCUGUGAUAUGGGGUCCUCUGUACAGAUAUGUAUGUCAUGAAAUCAAAAUGGGAUUAACGUGAUAAUUUGUAACAAAAUGUUGGCAUGGUAUUUGAUUAUUUUUAUUGUGAAAAUUUUAAAAAGAUAGUUAAACUAAACAUUUAUAAAGAAUCUAGCUGUCAGUAUUGUAAUGCACUAUAUAUCAGCAUAUGUACAAUAUCAA